AUGUCGUACGAUAUCGAGAUCGAAGAGCACGAGGCACAUCAAGUUGAUCAGAAGCAGAGGUUGUGGGAUUGGCUGAGGAAAUUAAAGAGAGAACAGCAGACAACACCGAGCAAUGACAGCCAAAAACCCGAUACCCCCCCACAAACCCCCUUGCGGCCAGGCCUGGGAAGAAGAAUCUCUAGAAAAGUGGGAGUGGGAAUACCAAGAUCGACUACAUUCAAGAGACAGCAAGACGAACAGAGGAAGAAUCUCCAGCCAACUGCAUCUCCAAUACAGAAGCCUCGAGAGCUUUCACGCGUUCGGGCUUUGAGCAGCUCCCCCAAACCUCCGAAGAAGCCAAAGAGAGAAACCUCGGCACCGGACUUGGGAUACCACUGCGAUGCCUUCCCGACAAUAGAGAGCCGAAUACAGCGAGAUGACUUUGCAAAUACUAAUUACGAUGACCUUGAUCAGAUUCCACCUCCACCACCCCCACCUCCGAUGCAAAGACCGGACGACCUAGAUGAUGACGGGGCUUCCCAGCAAUCAGACGGCACCAGUAGAACGCUCGACGAGGAGAUACGCAUCGAAUUGGAACAAAAAUGGAUCCUCAACUUGUCAAUGCACUUCCGCGACAAAUCCCCGCGCGAGAAAUUCUUCGUCACUUACGCGGAGACGCCUCAGAAAUGGAGACGCGUCACCGUCUCGUGCGAUUAUCGCAAUGCAGAAGUCGACUCACUGGAGGCUGAUCUGCAAAUCAUGGGCAGUCAGAGGGAGAAGAGCGCGAGGGUGUAUGAGGCCUUGAGGGCUAGCUUGACUGACAUACAAUUCUACAAUACUGUCACGAAUCUGAAACUGGAGACAAGAGACGAGAGACUCCAUGUUCAUGUCACGGAGGAUGUGAAUGAAAUAAUUCAAUAUCCACCUACGCGGGCUAUCAGUCACCUACCUCAUAUCAAGAAGUUCAGAGAAAGCGAACUUCAUUUCAUUGAACACAUGUCUGGCUUUGUCUACAAGGUCAAUGUGGGGGGCAACACAUGGAUCAAGAAGGAGAUUCCCGGUCCUGAUUCCGUCGACGAGUUCCUAUACGAAGUCAAUGCUUUGAGUAAUUUGACCAACGCGUCUCACGUAAUUGAGCUCAAAGGGCUCGUAUUAAGCGAUGAUGAAGCUUGCGUCAAAGGCCUUGUAAUUGCGUAUGCUGAGAAAAACGCUCUUAUCGACAUCAUAUACGACAAUCAAUCGAACCUCCCCUGGCAGCGACGUGAACGCUGGGCUAGGCAGAUCAUUAAGGGCCUUUCCGAAAUCCAUGAAGCAGGCUUCGUUCAGGGAGACUUUACGCUUUCAAACAUUGUCAUUGACGGUAAUGAUGAAGCUCAGAUCAUUGAUAUCAACCGUAGAGGAUGUCCUGUGGGCUGGGAACCGCCGGAAAUCGCUAAGCUGAUAGAAAGCGGGCAAAGAAUCACAAUGUUUAUCGGCUUGAAGUCAGAUCUUUUCCAGCUGGGGAUGGUCCUUUGGGCUUUGGCAAUGGAGGACGACGAACCAGAACGGCAGCCAAGGCCUUUGACUUUAGACAAUGCUGCAGAAGAUAUCCCCGGCUACUUUCGAGGUUUGGUCGAGAGCUGCCUGAACGCUGAUCCUGUGAUGCGAAAGUCGGCACAGGAAUUGCUGAAGGAGUUCCCGGCAUCCGUCAUUGUGUCAGAAGAAGACAUGGAUAUGAUGCCGGAACUCAAGCCUGCUACACAGAUUCCCUCCACGGCUGUUGUCACUGGCAGCACAUCCAGAGCAUACGCAAAAAUUCCUGAAAUAGAAGAGAAUGCCAAAGCUGACCCAUCCGGGGAAGUCACUACUUCUGUUCCACGCCGUCCAAAAGACUCUAGUGGAAGCCCUGACAAUAAAGGGCCUAAAUACACCGAUAUGAUCGCUGCGACCGCUCAACAAACAGAACAAGAGUACACGAAUGGUACCUCUACCUCUCCUGGCCUUCUCACAGCACCCGUGAACACAGACACGCAUAGCUCUAUGGACCCGCAGACCUCGUCCCAAGCGUACAGUCGUGAUCAAUCAACGUUGGGAGGAACUAGCAAAAGCGACACCACCCAAGAAGCUCCCGUCCUUCCAACAAAAGAACAGUCACCUCGCAGGAGCAUUCAUUCGGACUCGGAUCAUCAUAAUAAUUUCCAAGAUGCCACUGAAGACUUCAUCCCCCUUACCCCAACCGCUUCAGCCUCGUGGGACGCUAUCACCAAUGGCCAGGAUCCCUACCUCAUCCACCCUUCAACUCUUGAGCCCCUCUCACCUGAAAGCGAGAACCCCCCGCUGCUAUCGUUGCCAGCCGCACCUACGAAUCGUAGACGUAGUGUCUACUACGCCGACCGCCAUUUCUCCCACGUCGACUCCGGCAUCGCAGACACAGGCGACGAUCCGCCUACCAUCCCUGCUCCUGCCCCCCUUCCAGCGCAUACAUUAAGCACCAUCACCGCAUCCAUCCCGCAAGACCAAACAAUCCGUACCAAACAAGUCAGAUACGCAGACGCCCCGCCAUCUCCGAAACCCGACACAAACACCAGCCCCGCUCUCAACAACGACAAUCACAAAUCCCUCCCGCUAUCCACCACCUACCCCACCCAAAGCAUCGAACACACAGACUCCGGCCUCGCAGACAUGCACCUUGUCGGUAUCGGCGAAGGUCUAAGUUUCAAGGAACGAGCCCAUCGGAGCGGCAUCACUGAUGAUCUGGCGAAGAUGAGCUUGAUGGGCGAGCUUUCUGAGGGUGGGUCGGGAGGUGCAGGUGGUUUGGGUGGGGCAGAUGGACCAGGAGAACAGGGUGAAGACAAUCAGUCUAUGGAGAAGGGAGGAUGA